AUGCUGCAAAUGCACAAGAAACAACAAGAACAAUUAGAUGCCCUUACUAAACAAUUUAAUAUUUCUCAAGUUUCUUCUGUUAGUAAUUCUCAAAUUAAAUGUGGUAUUUGUGCAGAAGCUCAUGCGACUGAAGAUUGUGACUAUAUGAGAACAACUGAAAAGCCACCAACAGAGGUCAAUGGAAUCUAUUACAAGUCUAACUAUCAACUGAACCCUCUGUUGCCAUUGCAACAACAACCUCCACCUCAAGGCACCACUUCAGAAUGGGAAAAGGCUUUUGCACAGCUGUCCAAGAGCACAUCAGACUACAUUCAAAAUGCAGAUGCCUUUAGAGAUGAAACACGAGCAUCAUUCCGGAAUCAAGAAGCUUCGAUCCGGAACUUGCAGACUCAAAUUGGUCAGCUGUCAAGACAAUGUGCUGAAAGAACCCAUGGCACCUUCCCAAGUAACACAGAUACAAACCCAAAUGCUCAAUGUAAUUCAAUUGUUACUAGAAGUGGGAUCGGGAUCCAACCUGUGGAAAAGCCACUAGUGGAGAAGAAGGAAAAAGCAGAACCUGUAGCUGAAAAGGAGAAAGAAGAAGAUGCAGAAGAAACUGAAAAUAGCAGUCCAGAGAAAAAGCUAUUCAAAUGGGAGAAAAAGAAAGCUCUAGACCGGCAACUAAAACCGGCAGAUCCAUCUCCCUAUGCACGUGUUCCAUACCCCCAGCGGUUGAAGCAAGAAAUCCAGAAACAACAAUACACUAAAUUUCUGGAUAUCUUCAAGAAGCUGCAAGUGAACAUUCCAUUUGCAGAAGCCCUAGAAAGCAUGCCGAACUAUGCGAAAUUCAUGAAAGACCUUCUGUCAAAGAAAUACAAGCUGAAGGAGUGCGAAACAGUGGCCCUAACAGAAGAAUGCAGCACAAUCAUCCAGAAGAAACUUCCUCCCAAGCUGAAAGAUCCAGGCAGCUUCAGUAUUCCUAUAGCCAUAGGAAAUAUUGAAGUAGGAAAAGCACUAUGUGAUAUGGGAGCAAGUAUAAACCUGAUGCCGGUAUCCAUGUGCAAAGCUCUUGGAAUCAAAGAGCUAAAGCCGACUACAGUUUCUCUCCAGUUAGCCGACAGAUUGAUCAGACGACCAGAUGGGGUAAUUGAGGAUGUGUUAGUAAAAAUUGACAAAUUUAUCUUCCCUGCAGAUUUUGUAAUUUUGAAUAUGGAAGAAGAUGCCGAGAUUCCCCUACUACUUGGAAGGCCAUUUUUAGCCACCACAAGAGCAAUGAUCGAUGUGGAGCAAGAAAAAGUGAUGCUGAGAAUGAACAAAGAAACAGUCACCAUUGAUAGGAAAGGGCUCGAGUUAGAACAAAUCAGUGAAAAAGCUGAAAUAGCAGACAAAGAACCAGUGGUGGAAGGACUACAAAGAAAGAAAGAUGACACCCCUCUUGGAGCACCGAAGGUGGAGCUUAUGGAGUUCCCUCCAAAUCUGAAAUAUGUCUUCCUUGGUGACAACAACACAUGUCCAGUAAUCAUCAAUGUUGAACUGUCAACUAGUGAAGAAGAAAAUCUUCUCAAAGUGUUAAAGAAACACAAAGCUGCCAUAUGA